CUGAAAAUAAAAUGCAGUCACACAUUUCUUUGUUUUACCAUGAGGCUGACUGAAGAUUAGUGUGUUUUUCCUUUAUGAAUAUUCGGAUCAUGACUGAAGGAGGUGACCACAAAGCAAAUCAGCAGAUCAUCAGUGUCUGGGUGCGAGACCCACGGAUACGCAAAAAUGACUUUUGGCAUGCCUAUAUGGACUAUGAAAUUUGCUUACAUACCAACAGUGUAUGCUUCACAAAGAAGAUCUCGAGUGUGAGAAGGAGGUACAGUGAGUUUGUGUGGCUGAGGCAGAAGCUACAAGAAAAUUCAUUGUUAAUGGUAAAGUUACCAGAGCUGCCCCCAAAGAAUCCAUUCUUCAGCCUGAACAAUGCCAAACAAAUAAGUGAACGCAUGCAGGGGCUACAGAAGUUUUUGGAGAAGAUCCUCCAGAGCCCUCUGCUGUUGUCUGACAGCUGCCUUCACCUUUUCCUGCAGUCACAGCUCAGUGUGUCCAAGAUGGAGGCUUGUGCUGCUGGAAGAACCCACUACUCUGUGACCCAGGCAGUGCAACGCUGUGGCCUACGACGGUUUCACUCUGAAGAAGACCUGCAGAAAGACCUCAACUUGUCCUGUGACUUCGACUCAGACAGCUCAGAGAGUAGAGAUGCGGAACCCCGGAUUAAGGACUUGGCACUAACCAAAUCAGAGAGUGCACCUUUAUUCGAUUUUGUUGGAACCAGCCAGGAGGAAACCCUGAGCAGCUCAUUUGGAUCGACAUAAAAACAACUACAUUUCUUUGGCAGAAUUUUACUUGAGGAAGGGAUUUGGCUGUUACACUUUCAUACUGCACAUUUGACAUUUCGUGUCAUGUCUCCUAAAUAUUUCAUUAAUGUAAACAUGUUAGUUGUGUUAUCAGUAAUAUAUUUCACUUGCAUGUACAGUAAAUAGUAAUAAAAUGUUUCUGUAUCUGUCGAAGUGUUGUGCAGUGAUGGCAGCAGGACGUUUCCUGAAGAUGGCAGUGUUGUUACAUGCAUUCCCUAUGUGUAGUCAGUCUUUCUUGAGCAUAUGCUGUAAAUGUCUAUAUUUACCUUAUAAACAAACUUCACAAAAGCAUCAUAAAUAUUACUAUCCAGAAGGCAUAAUUUGCCAAAUAUGUGCCGAUAACAAUGUAAUAAUUUAAGCAGUGACAUCCUAAUGGCUUUCUCUGAGGCUCCACUCUUGCUUCUAAUAAAGUGUGAGGCAUAGGAAGCUUGUCAUCUGGUGGCCACUGCAGUGCUUAGCAGUGUGACAUGUGUAAUAGGGUCUCUGCAGAGUUUUUAGACGGCCCCCCUGUCAGGUGUGUGGCUGGUAGGAGGUCCUGUGGGAUCUCAAUGGACUCGCUCCUGUCUUAGAGGUCCACCAGGUAGACAGGCUACAUUGCUCCCCACUGAACAAAAUGCCAGCUGCACUGACAGGCCACCUUUUCUAACUGUCUCUCUGGCUUUGCAUUUCAUCAGCCAUGUUCUUUGCAGCUUCUUCUCUCUGUGUGAGCACUCAGAAGACGUACAUAUGAUCCCACAGUGAGCGGCACCGUGCUUAUGCAGAGGUAAUGACCACUAAACAGAGAGACAGUGGACUGACAUAUCUGUGCAGCUAAUUAGAUUAGCUCUGUCUCUCUGCAGCAGUUGUGAUGUUCAUUAGGGAUUCACAAAGAGAACAGACAAAAGGCUUGUGGUGCAGAGAAAAGACAGGUGACGUCACCCCAGACCUGCUCUGAGCAGUCAACGUUUUGGACAUGGGGGGGAAAGCCCACACACAAAUUAGAAAAUGGGUGGGAGUAUAUAGGUUUUCAUGCACAUCCAUGAAUGCAAAUGCAGUAUAUGAAUGUGUCGUCUUUGUUGGUGCUUAACUGACUGAAGCAAAAUUACCCUUAACCUUCACAGAUAUAUGCACUGGCAGGGCUGCAGAUGUUUGCUUUAGCUGAAUAUAAAACAUCACACAGCCUAUAAUACACCCAGAGAUGGGAAUUUGAAUUUAGGGUUUUUAGUAUUGAGUUUAAAUACUUCAACUAAAAUUCUAUUUGUUUUGUUUUGGAGAGUAAGAGGAAGCUGUUUUUCAUGUAAAGAGAAAACGGCCCUUUUUAAUAUAAGUACAAACAAAAAUUACAAACUUACUCUCAUGAAGAAUAGCUAUUGUGUAUGAAAUAUGAUCUAAGCAAAAGACAGAUUUCUGUGUGUACAAUUAUGUCAAAGAAUUUUACCAUUCGCUCCAGACACUGGCAGGUUUAAUGCCUCUGAGAGCACAGACUUUGUUGACGUUGCAGAUGACACUCCGAAUGGGAUUCUGCUUCUUCUUCUUUUUUUUCUUUGUUUUACUUUCCUGUUUAUGAGGAUGUAGGAGAUGUGUAUUUUAGUAAAAUGUGCUCCAUUUAUGUUGAUUUAUUUUGGUUGAAGAGUUAUGAAAAACUUGACUUGUGCUUUAGGACUAUUUUGUUUAAUACCAAACAGUAAAACAACAAACAAAUUUUGUUAUUAAAUGUUACUAGUGUAGCUAUAUUUUUUUGGUGUCAUGUAAUCCCAUAUGGACUGGGUGCUUUGUGUGUAU